AUGUUGGCUUUCCUGAUCACUGUUCUCUUGGUUUUUCUUCAAGGGGCCACUGCACUCUUCGAAGAUCAGGCCGGGAAAUUUGACUGGAUGCAGAGGUAUGUAGGAAGGGUGGAUUACUUGUAUUGGGACCAGUCACAUUACAUGGGCAAGAGGCUUCUGGUUGGGACUGACAAAAAUGCUUUGGCAGCCAUCAAUGUCCACAAUGGAAGUAUUGCAUGGCGCCAAAUCCUCGAAGAAGGUGAAAAGGGUCGGAUAAAUACACUUCUUCAUCAAGGAAAUGGUUUGGUUAGUGUCUCUGGCAAUGGAAAAUUUGUCCGAAGCUGGAUUCCAAGUUCUGGAUUUCUUCAGUGGGAAACUGUUCUCAAACAUGAUCCCUCAAGUGUGGCAACUGCAGUAUUUGUUGGGAAUCGACGAGUUGAGAGCAUUGCUGUUCUCAGUGGAGAAAUCUUGUUCAAUCUGAAACCAACAGAUGGAAGUGAAAUAUUUAAGGUUCUCCUUCCUGACAGUGACACAGUAAAAUAUCGACACUUACACAGCAUUGACCGUGAAAGUUACAUUGUUGGUGUGGUUGCUGAAUCCCAUGUUGUAGUUGUUGUUGUCAAUGGUGAAGGAAAAAUCAAAACGAAGACAACUGUAAAUGCACCCUGGUUAAAGGCAGACACCAGCUGUUUGAUUACCUCUGAUAAUUUAGUCUGCCAUGAUUCGACAUCGAUGAGUAUCCAAACUCUUGUAUUGCUUGGAGGAGACACAUUCAUUCCUACUUUAUUAACAGAUGUUAGUAUUAAAGACUCUGUUAUUGCCUUGGAAAAAGCAGGCCAUGAAAUUAGCAGUGUGAAGUCUGGCAUAUUUGUGUGUCGUCUUCAGUCUGGAUUUAUUGGAUUGUUAAAAGUUGGAUCUAAUGGAUUGGUUACAACAGUGAACACAUCACCCAGACUCCUGAGUGCCCAAAUGACACGACAUGGGGACAAACAGGUGCUUUUCACCCUGGAAUCUAUAGAUACUGAGAUUGUGAAGAUGUCUGGUGUUGAUAUUUCCACUGGGUCAUCUUUGAAAGACUUGUCUCAUAAAAUCACUUACUCAAAAUCUUAUGGCCAGCCACUCCGGUGUGAUGCUCUGUUGUUCACCAAAAAGGAUGGCCACAUUGGUUACAAAGCCAUUAUCCGUUCAGAAGAUUAUACUUUGCAUUUGGUACACAAAGCAGGCCGAAUUGCAUGGCGUCGGGAAGAAGCCUUAGCCUACAUCUUGGCUGUGGAAAUGGUUGAUUUACCAGUAUCUGAAUCACAGGCCAAUUUUUGUUUCUUUUUUUUUCUUCUUGUUUCUUUUUUUUUCUUUUUUUCCUUUUUUUUCUUUUUGUUUCUUUUCUUUUUCUUUUUGUUUCUUUUCUUUUUCUUUUUGUUUCUUUUCUUUUUCUUUUUGUUUCUUUUCUUUUUUUGUUUCCCUUUUUUUCUUCUUUUUGUUUCUUUUUUUCUUUUUGGUUUCCUUUUUUUUUUCUUUUCUUUUUUUUUUUUUUCUAGUUUCCUUUUUUCUUUUCUAGUUUUUUUUCUUUUUUUUCCUUUUUUUUUUUUUCCUUUUUUUUCUUUUCCUUUUUUCUUCUUUUUUUUUUCUAGUUUCUUUUUUUUUCUUCUUCUUCUUCUAUUUCCUUUUUUUUCUUCUUCUUCUAGUUUCCUUUUUUUUCUUCUUCUUCUUCUUCUAGUUUCCUUUUUUUCUUCUUUUUGUUUCCUUUUUUUCUUCUUUUUGUUUCCUUUUUUUUCUUCUUCUAGUUUCCUUUUUUUUUUUCUUCUUCUUCUUCUAGUUUCUUUUUUUUUCUUCUUCUUCUUCUAG